UCUUCUUCUUCUUCUUCUUCUUCUUCUUCUUCUUCUUCUUCUUCUUCUUCUUCUUCUUCUUCUUCUUCUUCUUCUUCUUCUUCUUCUUCUUCUUCUUCUUCUUCUUCUUCUUCUUCUUCUUCUUCUUCUUCUUCUUCUUCUUCUUCUUCUUCUUCUUCUUCUUCUUCUUCUUCUUCUUCUUCUUCUUCUUCUUCUUCUUCUUCUUCUUCUUCUUCUUCUUCUUCUUCUUCUUCUUCUUCUUCUUCUUCUUCUUCUUCUUCUUCUUCUUCUUCUUCUUCUUCUUCUUCUUCUUCUUCUUCUUCUUCUUCUUCUUCUUCUUCUUCUUCUUCUUCUUCUUCUUCUUCUUCUUCUUCUUCUUCUUCUUCUUCUUCUUCUUCUUCUUCUUCUUCUUCUUCUUCUUCUUCUUCUUCUUCUUCUUCUUCUUCUUCUUCUUCUUCUUCUUCUUCUUCUUCUUCUUCUUCUUCUUCUUCUUCUUCUUCUUCUUCUUCUUCUUCUUCUUCUUCUUCUUCUUCUUCUUCUUCUUCUUCUUCUUCUUCUUCUUCUUCUUCUUCUUCUUCUUCUUCUUCUUCUUCUUCUUCUUCUUCUUCUUCUUCUUCUUCUUCUUCUUCUUCUUCUUCUUCUUCUUCUUCUUCUUCUUCUUCUUCUUCUUCUUCUUCUUCUUCUUCUUCUUCUUCUUCUUCUUCUUCUUCUUCUUCUUCUUCUUCUUCUUCUUCUUCUUCUUCUUCUUCUUCUUCUUCUUCUUCUUCUUCUUCUUCUUCUUCUUCUUCUUCUUCUUCUUCUUCUUCUUCUUCUUCUUCUUCUUCUUCUUCUUCUUCUUCUUCUUCUUCUUCUUCUUCUUCUUCUUCUUCUUCUUCUUCUUCUUCUUCUUCUUCUUCUUCUUCUUCUUCUUCUUCUUCUUCUUCUUCUUCUUCUUCUUCUUCUUCUUCUUCUUCUUCUUCUUCUUCUUCUUCUUCUUCUUCUUCUUCUUCUUCUUCUUCUUCUUCUUCUUCUUCUUCUUCUUCUUCUUCUUCU